UCGUGCUCCAAGCGGCGAGCGGACCACAUCCUCUCUCGAUCUGCACCCACGUUUUGCGCCACCGCCGGUUAACUCUCCACACACUGUUUUCGACUCCUUGUGACUCAACCUGAGUGACCAGGUCGUGACCUUGACGAUGCUCAGCUCCGACCUUGGGCAGUAACAGUGAAAGUGGUGCAAGUGUCAAAGUUCACAUCGACAUGUGCUCCGGCCAGUGAGAGCCGCGUGAAUUUUUCCGUGUCACUCAUUCUUGCUUCGUCUGCUGAUUGAAUCUUCAAUGAUGUCCAGCUUUGGUGAAAACGGAGUUGCCAGGACCUUCCUUGUCGUCGCACUGGCCCUCUCGCCGUUAAAUACAGGCUGGCUGGUUGAGGGGGCGUACAACAGCAAUUCGGGUCACAACGCCCUUCAACCGGAGACGGUACCUCCACCGCCGCCACCCCAACCCCCGCUGGGGCGCAACGAGCCCUACUUCGACCCCCUCACUCCACGCAAUGUGACCGCCCUCGUGGGAAAGUCGGCCUACCUGACGUGCCGAGUGCGAAACUUGGGCAACAAAACUGUGUCGUGGAUCAGGCACAGAGACAUUCACAUUCUGACCGUGGCCGGCUACACGUACACGAGCGACCAACGCUUCCAGGCCAUCCAUCACCGUGAGAACGACGAGUGGACACUGCAGAUCAAGUGGGCCCAGAAGAGGGAUGCUGGUGACUACGAGUGUCAAAUCAGCACACAGCCCCACCGUAGCUAUUUCGUCACUCUCAACGUCGUCGAUGGAUUUUACAAAGACUCGGAGCACCAACACCAGCAGCUUAAUCCGCCCCACGCCUACAAACGACCCUCGUUCUAUGACGACCUGAACUUAAUGUAUCGCGAUCAAGUGCCCACUGCGCACAUUUUAGGGGCGCCCGACUUGCACGUGGACAAAGGCAGCACAAUCAACCUCACUUGCAUCAUCAAAUACAGCCCUGAACCACCUGCUUACAUAUUUUGGUAUCACCACGAUGAGGUGAUCAGCUACGACUCGCAGCGAGGCGGAGUGAGCGUCAUCACCGAAAAAGGCGACGUGACAACCAGUUACCUUCUCAUCCAACACGCCGAGCUGACAGACUCCGGAAAGUACUCGUGCAGUCCGUCAAACGCUGAUGUUGCCAGUGUUCGAGUUCACGUGCUCAAUGGAGAGCGGCCAGCCGCAAUGCAGACGGGCUCGGCGGGACUGUCUAACAGCUCGGUGAACGUGGUUGUGCUGAUGGUGGUGUGCCUGGUGCACUCGCUCGUGUCCGAGUCGCUUUUGCUGAGCAUCGCAGGUCGACGGCGGCUCUCGUUGACCAACAGGUAAUCAACAACCGAGAGUGAUAGCCAAGGACAUGAGGACAAUGCCAAUCGCCCCACCGCGAUUCUAUUUUUUACCAAAUAAGAAGACUUGAUUGUUUCUACCAAAAGGAAGUGACGGGGGAAUGAAAGGGAGUGAAAUAAAUUGAAAUUCUUGCCCUGGCGACGGAGGGGCUUCAUUUCAAAAGAAAGACAUGUGCCAUUUAAAAACGCAGUGUUUUGUUAUAUGGCUACGGAAAUUAUAUGAAAAAAAAAACUGGAAUUAUUCAUGUAAACUAAAAACUUCAUCUCAAGACUAUCUGUGUGUGCGAGAAGAUUUAUGUAUAAAAUUAUUGAGGUAAAUUAUAUGAAUUUGUGCGAAUGAUUUUAGGCAGGAAUAUGUGCGUGAGUGAUUCAUGUGCGUGAUCAAAAUACUGUGACAGUUGUGCAAAUAAAAAAAACACUAGUCAAUCAAUGUUGGGGAGAAAAUUCGUUUUCCACAGAGAAAAUGGGUUAAGUGAAACUUCACAUUCUUGGAAAUUUAGUUGUCGCCACUUAGAAAUUUUGGCCACCAAAUGGAGGGAUUGUCAGUACAUCAAAUUCAAAAGAAACUUCAUGUUAAAGCAAUUAUUGCUUAAAUUAAGAAUAUGUUAUCGCCAGAAAAUUUGAAAAUAUUUUGUCAUUUUAUUGCUCAAGUCAAACUCUCCAGCUAUCCCCAUUUUGGUGUGCCACAUAAAAUUGCAAAUCAGACAAUUAUUUUGUACCUGUUAAACUAACCUGAAGGUGUGUGGGUGCUGAUCGAACUUUACGGACAAAUAAAAAAAAAUCAUACAGAGUGACAAGAAGCAAGAAUAAGUUCUCCGUUCCUUUCAACUUCAACAAUAUGAAUUCACAAAGCGUGGAGGCGAGAUUUCCUUCCGCCACCGGGUGAAACUUUGGAAAGCAAAUUUGUGCCACUUGUAUAAAAAAAACCAAAUCCCACUUUUCGAUGAGGACAAACGAGAAAAAAUUACGCUGUCGUGUAUAAAAAAGAAAGGGGAAUAAUAUCUCUGUAGUUUUUAACUGUUGGCCCUCCUACCACCCCACUCUCCUUUCCAUAACUUUUUUAUAAACCUGGUGUCCAUCUCUGACGAGGAAAAAGAAGAAGAUCGACCGACCGACCGAGCGCAGUAACGACGCUGAAGAGAACAAAAAAAAAAAAUACCAAGGGUUGAGAAAGAAUGCUUGAAAAGUGUAAUACCUUUAUGUCGACGUUAUACCAAGAAAAACUACUGUU